CCUAGCCUGCCGCCGCCACUCACUCCCAAAAGAUCCCCUUUCGCAGGUCAAGGGAUUCACUGCGCAAACCCCGUCCCUCCUCGCCCAGACCCGCACCCAUGGGCGGCCACGGAGCCGCCGCAACCCCUCCGCCAGGUUCCGUGCCCGGCUGCUCCCACGGAGCCCCUCCUCCUCCGCCACCACCGCGCCCCGCCGUCCCCGCCGUCCCCGCACCACCGGGCGCAGUCGACGACGGCGACGCGCCCCUCCCGAUAGAUCUCCUGCUCGAGAUCGCCGCGCGCUCCGAUGUCGUGACCGUCGUCCGUUGCGCCGCCCUCUCCAAGCCCAUCCGCCGGUCCAUCCUCGACCAUGGAUUCCGCCGCCUCCUGGCCCAACGCGCCGCCCCUGACGGCGGAUUCGUCCCCUCGCUCCUCCGAGGCGUCUCCUACAAGAUCGAGGUCGGCGACCCCUACCGACCCCCCGCGCGGAUCCUCCAGCCCCUGCCGUCGGACGACCCCGCCGUCAUCCGCUUCGACGAGAGCCUAACCUUCGAGCCCGUGGCGGCGCGCGACGGCCUCGUCGUCCUCCGCCGCCUCCGCCCGCGCCCCAUCUUCGGCCAGUGCGUCGAGGAUGGUCCACCAGGGAGCGAUCUGCGCGUCUGCAACAGCAUCACCGGCCACAGCUCCAUCCUCCCGUCCGUCUCCAUCCGGGACUACCGCAAGCACGCCUUGCUCGCCGUCGACGACCUUGGCCGCUCCUUCGAGCUGCUCGUCUCGGACGAACGCCUAAGGACGCAGAUUUACUCGUCACGGACCGGCAGAUGGGGCCCCGUCCGCGCAGCACAGAUCCAGCGACCAUCCAGGCCGUUUCACGACUCCCAACCCCUGGUAAUCGGACGCACCGUGCAUUGGCUAUGCCAACCGGAUCCGCUGCCGCCGGGGCGGUCAACCACAGAGCCGUACAUCGUCGCUCUGAAUGUUGACACGGCGCAGGCGACAAUUAUGGAUCUGCCGCGGGGCUGCACGAGCAGAAUGACGGCCUCCAUGAGCCAUCGAGGGCUCAUCCUAGCCGCUUGGCCGGACGGAAGACUGAUAGUGGUCGUCUCGGAGACUCAAGUGAUAUCGAUGUGGACUCUGUCAGCAGCCACAGAGGAGAAGCCGAACUUUCCGUCGAGGUGGAGCAGGCGAGUUCUGAUAGACAAGCAGGAUUGGGGUGUGCACAACUCGGUCCAGUUCGAGGGGUUCGGACAGAGGAGUGGCACUGUGCUCUUGAAUGUGGGUAGACUUGGGCUCGUCCGGCUCAACCUUGCAACUAAGGAGGCCCUCGUCGUGUACCAAUGGAUGGAAACGGCCUAUGUUACACAGGUUUGCAUGCAUGAGAUCAAUUUGGCCUCUCUGCUCCAAGCAAUGAAACCACUUACGGAGUAAUUUGCUUGGAGAAGCUGUUUUUACCUGUAAGCUGUCAUGUUCCUUUGCCAAUACUUGUAAAAGGAAGUGGAGUCACCUCUUAAUGUUCUUGACUGUUUGCUGUUCUGCUGCCAGUGUUUGCUCUGCUGGCAAUCCAUCUGUUUGUGCGGUAAAAUAAUGGAUUGCAUACUUCACUAUGUAUGAAUUUGGGCCAGUUGUCAGUUAAAUAAAAUCUGUUUACCUCAUA